ACAAUGCUCCUAUGCGCUAAUGCAGAGGAUCGGCGUCCACUGAAUGGCAUUAGCCAUCCUCCAGAGAGUCCACGGUUUCAGAAAAAAGAAAUCCUCCAGGCAGAGAGAGUCCAUGGUUUCAGCAAAAAAAAAAAUCCUCCAGAGAGUCCGAACUCCAAACUGGCUUUGAGCAAGUGAAGUCCAUGAAGCAGAUAAGGCGCCCGCCAUCACCAUACACACAGGGCAUCCAAGUAAACCCCAUCGACGGGCAUGGGGGCACUACCCGUCGCCCACAAGCUCGCACUCACCUCGCCCUUCCUCCCGCGCCACCGCCGGCCCUGCCCCACCGCCCACUGCCGUCGCCGGCGACAUGGAGCGGUGGUGGCAUACAUGGAACCGAACUCGAACUCUCCGGCGGCCAUCGCGGGGCGCCUCAUCGGUGCCCUCCCCGUGGUGGGCCUCGUGGCGCGCAUCCUGAGCGACGAGGGCGGCGUCGGCGGUGACAUCAUCGACUUCGCGGAGUUCCGCCGCCGCAGCAAGAAGUGCACCGUCAUGGACUCGCAGGCCUUCUACGACUUCAACGAACGCCGCGGCAAGCCAGGAGAUCCCUUCUACGUCCUGCUGUGCUGCUGGCUGGCUGCCGUUGGUGGCGGGCUGCUGAAAACAGAGGAGAUCUUGGAAGGCGUGGCGCGGCUCCGCAUCUCCAACGACAUCGAGUUCGAGGAGGAGACCUUCAUCGACAUGAUGAGGGCAGCAAAGGAGAAAAGAGCAAAGCUGAAGGCUCCAACUCCGCAGAUACCGAUGGAAGCGCGGGCAGAGAAGGCCCUUGAAGCUAUAUACGUAUGCUGCUUUGGGCAGGACAUGGUCGAGCAAGAGGACGCGAAGCUCCUGUGCACCAUGCUGAACGCGGUCUUCCCGUCGGUCGGGAGGCAGGCGGUCGAGAGGAUGGUGGCGUCCAUGGCGAAGCAGGUGGCCACUGGCGAGAGGAAGCGCGGCGAGAAGACCGUAUCGAUGGAAGUGGUGCAGCGGCAGCUUAAGGACCUCGAGUUUCUGAAACAGAACAAGCUUGACUAGUGAUGAGCAGGACUUUUUUUGUCAAAUAGAUGGUGUUUAUAGUCCAAGAAACACAAAUCACGCGGCUUACUUGACAUACUCGAGUCAGGUAUUGAGGUUCUUGAUUGCA